CAAUCGCACAGUACUCUUACAAAAUACUGCUGCUAACACACUACUUGUUCUUGUUCACUCUUUAACACUUUAUUUUCGUGUUCUUGCCACUCGUAAAAAUACACAUCAAAUAAAACAAUAUUUUGAAUCCCCCAAACGACAACGUAAACAACACCGUGAAUCCACUUGACUGUUGAAAGCCAAACAUUAUUUACGAGAAUAAUAACUGUGUGGUUUACCUUUAUUUGUGAAUAGAAAAAAAUACAAAUUUUGUUGAGAGAGAGAAAACAUAAAUUAAGCGAUCGUUCCACAUUUUUUUUCUCACGUUUCUCAUCAUAAGCGCAUUUCCAAUCAACAAAUCAAUUUAAUCGUCACGAAGCGAAUUUUCGAUGGUUGUAAAUAAACAUUGUAGAAUAAUCCACAUUUUUCGCUUCUGCAUGCAAACGCACACACACGCACACGCACACGAAAAGAGUAUAUAUUCAAAUAAAAUUGGCCGCUUAGUGAUGUUCUUCAAAUCGUUUGACCAUGCUUGCAGUUCAUACUUGUAAUUGUAUCACAAACGCAAUGUAAAAAAGCUUCAUUUUCUCAUUCAAACAGAGAGCUAGAGUGAGUUCGUCGGAUGGUUGAGUGAGUGUUGAUUUGGUUGAGUAGUGUCUCGUGUGUGGAAAAUGCGUAUGGUUUUUGACGCAUAACUGCAUAAACAAACCGCAUUUAACCCAUUUAUUCGACUUUGUUUCUUCGCCCGCUCAUUCGCGCGCGCUAUCUCUAUCUAUUACAUUUCGCUCGCUCUCGCACACUCAUUUCGUACCGAAUAUUGAAGAACAGUUUUAAGUGCAAUUGAAAUUCAUGUGUUUUUUUUUUUUCAACGUACUACAAUUUAGGGCAGUUUCAUCAAAGUAAAAUAAAAAUAAAUGUCGAUAACAUUUUUUAUUGAUAAACAGUGCCUAGAAUGUAGAUAAAUUAUGUAUAUAACAUUUUAAAGGUGAAAAAGGGAAAAGACUAGACAAGAAAGAUAGAAAUAAAGCGUUUUUUUUUUAUUUCUGUCGUUGCUUUCAUCCUUAACGAAUAACAACGUUAGAGAGAUGCCGCAAUAUUCUGAAUAUAUUAGAUAUUUGACAACACAUCCACGUACAUAUGUUGUUGACAUAGUUUGAAAGCCACAUAAAUGUUCGAUUACGACAAGUAAAUACAUAGAAACGCCAUCAAACAUACAAUCAAAACAAGAAAAUAUCUACAUAGAGCGAAUUUUAAUCAAUUUCCGGACCGUUGCUAUUUGAAAAUUGACAUUGCAAUGGCAAUUAAUACAAAUUCAAGUGUGAAAGCAUCAGCACCAUCAUCUUCAUCGGCAGCACCAUCAACUAGCACAAAUGAUUUAAUUGAAUUGAGUAUUCUACAAAAGAAGGCGCCGGGUACGGCCGUUGCUGCUGCUGCUGCUGUAACCACAACAACAACACCAAUUCUGAAGCGAAAAGGUGGGGGCGGAUCAAAGCGUCUACAAUUUUCGACGCCUGAAUUUAGUGUUACACCAAUUGCCACCGUUCCGGGCAUCAAUACACGGCUAAUACCCAGCCGAAGACGCGAAGAGGCAAUUGUGAUGGCCAAUUUACGAAAACGUGUUGCAGCUUGUGAUUUAGAGCGUAGACGACCCGUUAGCGCAGUUAGCGAUGCAAGCCGAACUAGUGAACCAAAUCAGGAUGAAUUAGAUAAUCGACCGUUGUUAUCAAAGCAGACAUUUUCAAAUCGUGAUUCAUGCAACGAUGGAAGUGUGAGUGGUGCCGGUGACGAAAGCCCCAAAUCGAUCAGCAGCUUUGUACAGGACAAGGAUUUUAUACUAGACUGUUUGUGUUGGCAUAAUGAAUAUAGAGCGCGACAUUCGGCAAAAGCACUCACCGUAUCGCCCGAAUUAUGUGAUGCAGCACAAAAAUGGGCCAAUCAUUUAGCAGCAACAAAUGAAUUCUACUAUCGAUCAGCGAAAACACUCGGCCAGAAUUUGUUCUGUUGCCCGUGCAGCGCAUUGGUUACAGAUUUAACAGGUCAAGAGGUGGCUUCGUACUGGUACAGUACGGUGCGGCGAUACAAUUAUUUUAAGGAUAUACGUCUACUGCACACCAAUGUCAAUGCUGGACACUUCACGCAAAUGGUGUGGUUGAAAACAAAACUCUUCGGCAUCGGCAAAGCCACAUCACAAACGGGCAAAAUAUUUGUGGUCGCCUUUUACUAUCCACCAGGGAAUAUAGUUAAUGAAUUUCAUCUGAAUGUACUUCCACCGACAAUGGAUCAGGCGUCAUCGUCACCAAAAACCGAUAGUAGUGCACAAACAUCAUCAAAAUCAACAUCAAGACGCCCCAAAUGAAUGUUUCGCAAUUGAAAUUCAUGGUUUGAUCUCAAAUUCAUAGCAAAUAAGGUUUAUUAUAUUCAUUUAAAUGCUCAGCUUUUUUUCUUACAAAAUCAAGCUUUUAAUUUACGUUCGAAAUGUGAACAAAAAUGAAAUCAAAUGCCUUUGUUAGGAGAAAUUAGCGAUACUUUUAAACAAAAAAAAAAAACUAUUUGCACGAAUCAUAGUCUCGCAAUUUGCACACGCCUUAUUUUCCUCAUCUGAAUACCAAUUUGCUUCCAAUGCAUACUUUAGACCAUUCAAAACUUAGUUAGACCAUUCAAAAAGUAAAUAGGAACCAAUGUAAUAAAUAGAAAAAGUAAUAGUACAAUCAAAAUAUAUAUAUAUAUAUAAACGCUGAAAGAGUAAACAUAAUACCGAACAGCUGACGCUUCAAUCAGACUACACAUCGACGUCAGUCUGGGCAAUAGAUGAACUUGAAAUACAUAUACAUGAAAAUCCCGUCCAAACAAACAAACCAACAAAUAAAAAAACCAAAAUUUACGUAGACAUUACAACGUACUUUUUAAGAUAGAUCGUUACAAAUCAAAGCAAACAAAACAAUUUAACCAGACACGUGAAUAAAAAUAAACGCAAAAAAACAUAUAGAAAAAAAUACCAUAAACAACGGAAGUGGAUCUGACACGCAAAGUGGAUCAACAAAAUCAGAAACUGAAUGAGACCGAUACCAACUACUCAAUAUAUAGAUAUACAUUUUUAUCGAUUCCAAUUGCUUGAGAGCUUCCAAUGAAAAUGAUGACAAAAAAAUAAUAAUCAUUUUUGUUCUUGUUUGAAAACAAAAAAAAAGAUGUAGAAAAAAUUUGCUUAGUGAUACGCUUAUUAAUUCUUCUGUUCUAGCUGUUCAGUGUAAUAUGCACUGAAUUUUCUUUUCUCUUCUUCCCGACUCACAAAUAAAAACAUGGACAUGGUUGUGUAUUUUUGUUAAUUGUUGUUAAAUUAAACAUAAGUAGAGUUAAUGAAUUAUAUUUAAAAAGCAUGGAAAACAUUUUUUGGCUUGAUAAAUCGUCAUUUGAACUCAAGACGCGCAUAUUUUUGAUAGUUGUAUGCCCCAACAAUUUUUUUACAGGGAUAAUAUAUUGUCUUGACCUUCCUCACUUUCACCAUUUGAAAGAAAUACAACAACAAUGACAAUGUAUUCCUUUUUAAAUGCUUCGCCGAUUUUGAGGCCCCCGCCGUUCACAACGGGAAUAUAAUUCAAGUCUCAUUUUUGACAUUAAUUUUAAAAUGGCUAAAACCGCGAACGAUCAAGAUACAUUAAAUUCAAGGCCUCCAAAUAAUCUACUUGGGUCAUAAAUUAUUUUUUAAAUGAAUUAAUAGUAUGGCAUUAAGAAUAAAGAGUCAUUUAUCAAAUACAUUUUGAUAGCAAUGAAAAGAGUACCGUUUUGUGUUUUCAGUUUUUUUUUUGUUUUGAAAGUCUUGAAGAGAGCCAUACCCAUUCUCAUUCUGCCUGCAGAAGUAUGCAUCUUUGAAAAAAAAAUGGACAUUUCCAUAAAGUCUGUUUAAAUUUUUUAAAAUGUUUUUACUAAUAUGAACCAAUUUUGACUUCCAUCACACAUAGAAACAGAAAUACCGGGCUUAACAAACUUCAUUGAAUUUUUAAAAAUAAUAGUAUACUUUCACAAUUUUGUGAAAUGAAAAUAAUCCUUUGGAAUCAAUGUAUACAAUUCAAAAUACGGCAAUAAUUGGAUUCAAAAGAAUUUCGUUUUUUUUCGGAAUGGUUGGUAUAAUUUCAAUUAAAACACAAUUUUUCGAGAAAAAAAAUUUAUAAUUGCAUAAAAUCGAAUAGAUAUAUAAGUAAUAAGACAUAAUUUUGCAUUUAAUUUGACUAUUUCAAUCAAUUUAAUUGUUUUCCCCAUAUGAAUUGUAAUAAUAAUAUUAAGUGCUUGGCAAUCAAAAAUGUUCAGAUAAUUUUUAUGACAAAAAAGCAAAAUAAAACAGACGAAGAAAUAAAAAAAAAAACAACGACUGAACGAAAAACAUACUGCUUGAGAACGGAAACAAAUAACAAAUGAAUGGCUUCAACGAACGAAUAUUUCCGAUUCCAUUAAAAUUGACAAGAUAUUAACCGCGACACAGAGAAAAUUGCAUCAAGAUAAACACAAAAUGAAUUCAUUUGAAAUCUGAAUAUACCACAUUCACUGGUGUCACAUGUACGACACAAUGGAUUAAGUCUCGAGCUAGUUCUGUUAUUAUGAGUCUAUAUUUGCCUUGGCCAGUUCAUGUUGGCAAUAAUCCAAGCGGAGGAGCUUCGUCAACAAUUUUGAAUAACGCCUGAAAUAGCCAACGAGAAUUCUGUCCAUGCCAAUGUUUCAAACAUAAAUAAAACGCUACCAAUUUCAAUUCGUUUUUGCGAAAGAAAAAAAUUAGCACAUUUCAAUUAUUGCGAAGAGAAUGCCUUCGAUAAGUUUUUCUUUAUUUUCACACAGGCAUACAAUGAAUUAUACAUUGAAUCGAUGUGUUUUUCUGUCGGACCCUUUUUUUGUAUAUAGCAUUUGGGAAUUUGGCAACACACAAUGCGGGAAAUAACUAUACAUAUCCAAAAUGAUUAUAAACACAAACACACGAAACAUCUUGUUCCGAAUCAAAUGCUGGGUGAAAAAAAGACCAUAAUUUAAGCGCCAGAAAAUUUCCAAGUCAAAAUACUUCAAACUUAUUUUUUUGUCUGUUUUAAUAUUUCAUAUCGGAAAAGCUUUUUAUUGAAACUAUAAAGUUUAUCUUGGAUUUGACAGCAAAUUUAUUUCAUCAAAAAUCCCAUAGAAGAUGAUUUAUUUUUUGGAUUUUUUUUCUUGCUGUUUGCUUUGGAACAAUGUAAUGCAGUUAUCUCAAUCAAUUCAAACAAAAUGAAAAGAAAGAUAUUUCUCGAUGGAAAUCUUAACGAAGAAAUGAAAUUUAUUUUAAAAGAUCUGUGAUUUACGAAUAUAUAAAUAAAACAGUGCAACGAAAAGAUUAUUAGGAAUUCGAUUGUUAAGUUACUCGUUUUAGUGGCUUAUUUUGUUGCCAUCGAGUGACGAUUUGCCGAAAGAUUAAUCUUUACGUGUAGAAAAUUUGCAUAUUUCGAUAUUUUAACGGUCAAGUGUAGCGAACAAUUAUUUUUCUCGAUCAAAAGUAAGUUUAAGAAAUAAACGAAGAAUAAAAUCAAUGUUCAAGAUUAAGCUUAACAAAUGAUUAAUUGUAUUUUAA